UUCAAAAUGAGUUUCAUGACUCUGGCUUUCUUCAUAGGGGCCGGAAUCUUAUUUUCCCUUAACAAUGUUGAUUCCGACCAAGUUUGCAAAGGAGACUUUGGGAGUCUGGUAGAACAAUGCUUGCAAUAUGUUCAAAAGCCCGGUCCGAAAACUCCACCCUCUGAGGGAUGCUGCAACGCUAUCAACACAGUGGACAUUCCAUGCGUCUGCCAGCACCUGCCUCCAGGCGUUGGCGACAUUGUCAGCCUGGAGAAAGUAGCUUUUGUCGUGCGAGCCUGCGGCAAACCUCUUGAGCCUGGAACCAAAUGUGGAAAUUACACCGUGCCACCAGCAGUUUGAGAAGAAGACAAGGGAAAAUGCAGAGUUAUACUAGCAAAUAAAUUUGUGUAGUUUCCUCUUUCAUCUUUCUCGCUAGAGACUUGAUCUAGCGGGAACGUUCUGAAAGCUCAUAAAUCUACAUGUUAGUAAAG